AUGCCCAGAGCGGAACUUGUCACAUCGUUGCCGUCACGCCUUCCUCUGUCUAGCAGAUCAUCUACGUACGAUAACUUCUUCAGAAACACGACUCGAAGAUGGAGAAUGAACGAGGACGAGCGGCUCAAAGAGAGAUAUGUGAACUUCGACCCGAUCGAGCUUCAGCGCGUUGCUGGGAAAGCAAUGGGAGAAGACCAUUGUUCCCAUAUUUUCAAAAUCGCAGAAGGUGGCUUCAACAAAGUCUUCCUAUUUAUAACAACUUCUGGUAAAGAAGUCAUAGCACACAUUCCCACUCCCAUUGCCGGCCCACCCCACUACACCACCCCCAGCGAGAUUGCUACGAUGGCCUUCUUGCGAGAUAUUCUAGGAGUUCCGGUCCCAAGAGUACUGGCGUAUUCGGCAGAUUCGACCAAUCCAGUUGGAUCAGUAUAUAUAAUAAUGAAGCGGGCGUGA